AUGGCUGAGGAAACAGCAGCCAUCGUAGAGCCUCCAAUAAUCGACUACAACCAGCCACAGUUGUCCCCAUAUCAAAGUCGGGUAAUCUUACUCACAAUAGGGUCCAAAGAAUAUAGUAUUCAGGAGGAUUUUCUGCGGGUACACGAGCUACUGGAUUACCGAUCAAUUGGCGUGGAAUUAACACUACCAGACGUUGAAGAGGAUAUCGGCCACACUAUCAUCCAUUUCCUGUAUACUGGCAAAUAUGAAACGCUAGGAGCUGAGCCUAUGGAUGGUUUGAAUAUAACCAAGGAGAUGCAAAGGAGCAUUCAAGCAUACUGUGCAGCCAAAAUAUAUGGAUUGACAGGCCUUGAAACACUUGCCAAAGUAAAUAUCAAGCAAUUUAGUGAGUCUUCGUCUAUCUUCGACAUACUACACGGGGCAAGAAGCAUUUUUUCAAAGCUUCCUAAAGGCGAGGCAUGGCUCCCUUGGUAUAUCAACACAAGACUCUCGAUAGAAUAUGAACGAGAUGAGAAUGUUUUCAAAAGUGAAGAGUUUUACGAUCUUUUUGGGGAGAACAAAGAUUUUGACAAGGCUGUCUUUAAGAUGGUUGUUGAUAUAUACUCUUCUCGACUAUCCUCCCUUCGACCCAACGUUAAGCGGGUAAAUGGAACUGGAGCAGAACAUGCCGCUGCUGAGGAGUCCCCAACUGCUGAAGAACUGCUUGCUGAGGAACUGCCUGCUGAAGAAUUGCUUGCCGAGGAACCGCUUGCUGAGGAACCACUUGCCGAAGAUUCACCUGCUGCCAAAGACACUGUGUCCGGCAAGGAAUUUGGGUGGUGUUUCUCAACGGAUUGA